AAGGUUGCAAAGGACCCAGCAACUUCUACGCCUUGCCCCGGUGUCCAGCUCCUAUCAGAAAGCAGCGACAAAUACCUUAACAUUUCUUUUUUGCGGACGCAUAAUUAUUGUUUGUUCACGGCCACUGUGCCUUUUUUUUCAACCACAUUUUUAGCUAGGAUAAAGCACCACGAUCAGAAGAUGGAGUGCAGUUGUACCAUGCUGCAGAAUAAACAUCGAUUGCCCGCCGGCAGCAAGAGCAACAUGACAUCAAGGCUAGCAGAAACCUCUAUGGCACCAGCGAUUUCUUCCGAGCUUUUCUGUGACAACAUCGACCUGCGUACUGGUACCCCCACCUGUGCCGUUGUUGUUUCCAGCGACGAUGUUUUCCCAUCUCCCAGAUCACAGUCGUGAUCAACAAGUUGGGAAAAUUUUAGCCCCGAAUAAGCCGAAAACAGACACCAUUCACCCCAAGCCGAAACGCGUCGUGCACUUCAGGACCCGACGGAGCGCACCGCCGUCAUCGCACAGGGAGGAAGGUUUAACAACUUCUGGACCGACUUCGGGAAGCAGCUGCGCGGGACGAGGUGCAGCUGCGCCGCCUUCAUCUGCUGCACAACACGCAGAGGGAAUAAACAAUAAGAGGUCAACUUUAUCCUACAGAGGACCUCCACCCGCCAAGAGAGUCACAACAGCCGGACCCGGUCUACUUCUCCCCAGUCGAAAAAGUACAACUUCCACUACGCGCUUCGUACUUAGUAGAGGUAAUACAGCUCGUGAUCAACUACAAAUAAAGACCACCGGCGGAGCUUCAUCCUCUGGAACUACGAAGAACAAUAAUUUUCUUCACACGUCUUCGGGAGGUAGCUGCGCAGGAGGAACUUCUAACGGUGGUACAGUAUUAAGAACCUCGGGUACUAGGAGGUCUUGUGCUACUGGUACUAGAAGUUCAGCGAACUACGGUGCAGCUGUGUCGAGGAGCAGCAUAAUUGCAGGAGUUCGUGUUGGCAAAAAUACUACAAAAGGAAAAACUACUAGUUGUACUAGUCGCCCUUCUACAUACGUAGUACAACGCGAAGAGGACCACUACAACUGCACUGGUUCCAGCAGCUCUUGCGCUAGUUCUUCAGAAAACUACAGCAACGAGAGCAUCUAUGGAUGUGUCAGAGUUGAAAUCGACAAAGUUGAAAUGAUUUGUCAUGCAUAAAAUGCGACACAGAGACUGACUCCAUUGCUGAAGGCGCAAGGGAGGCAGAUUCUACUGCUGGUAAGGGUCACGCAUUGGGCUGUUGACUAGCAUGACAGGGAGCAGCCAUCUUGCCCUAAACAGCAUGACAGACUUGCUGCAGAGGCCAGGAAAAUUUGUCAUGCGCCGAUUGGAAACUGUGGGUGUCUAACUGGUAUAGGUUUUAUGCAUCACAAAUUAUUUUUUCAACUUUGUUAAUUUCAAUCCUGACAGUUCCAUAGCAUCUACAACGGUUCCUCCUCGCGAUCUUGUAGCAGUGACAGAGAGCAGGUCCUCAAGGCUCACAACCAUUACAACCCAGCAAAUAACGGGAACAGUGGUCAAAAUUCAUCAAGACUCGAAAGGACGAAGGCGAUAACUGCCUCUAGUGCAGGUGGAAAGAGCUGCUACAACACGAGGGCCUCCAGGCGUGAUAAAUCGAAUUCGAGAGUUCUUGUUUCAACAAAGACCAAGAGCACCGCAGGAGCAGCAGCAGCAGUACCGAAGCCUCAUAAAGCGUGUCAGUUCCUCGAGGACGACUGCGUGGUCCAACGGCAGAGGAACCACGCGACGAACAGGAGAGACCACCACAGAGAUAUCAAACAGUGCGACUGGAGCAGUACGAAGAGUAAUCCUUCUUCUAGUAGUUCUUGGAAAAAAAGUUCUGGCACUGCUUCGUCCUCUUACAACCGGGGGAACAAGAAUCAUUACACUUAUAGAAGCCAGCGGACCUCCCGCCGCACGAGGAGGAGGAGGAGGACCUCAACUUCGACAUCAUCAAGCGACGGCGACGCCACGGACAGGACGGUCGGCACCUCCGAACUUUCCUCCAACACCGACAUCUGGCCGUACUACAUCGACGACAAAAACCACGUCCGGUUGAUCGACCCAGACGAGGACUUAUCAAAUGCAAAAAUGUCUGGGUUUGGAAGAAUGCAAGUUUGUCAUGCUCGUCUGGCAUGACUCGAGAAUCUGUGUAUGUUGCAUAGGCACGAAAAGGCCCUCAUACCUGUCAUGCAAAAACGCAGUUCGCCAUGCGGAAUACGUAAGACAUGGCAGCCAAGAAAUUUGUCAUGCAUAGCUGCCUACUGCAGUGCGUCCAUCAUUCACUUUUAGCAUUACAAGUUUCCAGACCCAGACAUAUUUGCACUUGAUAGGACGAGAGCGACAGCGAUCCAGAGUACACGCAGCACGAGUACAACAAGGAACAGCGGGUUUUGACUUUCUACGCCUGGUUGAUUCACGCGUUGUACAUCGGGUUUGUGUUUGUCAUGUUCUAUGACGACCCCGACCCGCAGACCCACAUCGUUUUGUCCAUCAUCGCCUACAUUUUCGUGGUUGCCGCGACCUACCGGAAGCCGGUGGUGUAUUUACCGGAACCGGACUAUGUGAAGCACCAGAAGGAGUACUAGGACAGGAGAAAUACAUAACAACAACUGUAAUAUUCGACUACAUCAAAGGGAACGAUUUUUUUAGCAGAAACACUGCCUCGCGCCGCAGCC